CGAACCGCAUUCCGCGUUCAACGCUCAGCGCUAACGCACUCAUUCACUAACACACACACAAUGUCUACCAUGUCUUACGAUAUCGCGUAUCCGCUCGCGGACGACGGCCCGCAGCCGGUCUCGCGCACUUAUCAAUAUCGCAAAGUGAUGAAGCCGAUGCUGGAGCGCAAGAGGCGCGCUCGCAUCAACCGCUGCCUCGACGAGCUCAAGGAGCUGAUGGUCAGCGCUCUCCAGUCGGAGGGGGAGAACGUGGCCAAGUUGGAGAAAGCUGACAUUUUGGAGUUGACCGUUCGCCACCUUCACAAACUCCGCCGCCAGCGCCGUCUGUCGCUGAACCCGACGGUGGACGCCGAUCGCUUCAGAGCCGGAUUCACUCACGCUGCCAACGAAGUGUCCCGCUGCCUGGCGUCCGUGCCCGGAGUGGACGUGAGGCUGGGCACGCAGCUCAUGACGCACCUGGGGCACCGCCUCAACGACAUCCAGCGCGCGGCCGGCAGCGACACGCCGCCCGCCAGCCCGCCCAGCCCGGCGCUGUCCACCGUGUCCUCGUCCUCCGGCUACGUGACCCCGUCGCCGCCGGCGUCGCCCGCGCCGCUGCACACUGCCGUGCCGCUGGACUGCACCACCAGCAGCUUCGCCAAGACCUCGGUGUGGAGACCCUGGUGAGCGGCUCGGCUGGAACGGGCGGACCCGGCUCCGCGGUCACAUCUGUUCCCAGCACCGUUUGGAGUCGCUCGCCCUUGAAGUGUCCGCCCUCGUCCUUAUGUUUAGUGCACCAUGUGUUAUGAAGAAAACUUUAGAUCUCACGAGUAAUUAGUGUAGGUUUAAAAAGAAACUAGCUCGUAAGUUAAACCGAAAGCUUUAAACAAUAUAGGUCAUAAGUAUAUUUGUGAUAUUAAAGAAUAAUUAUUGUAUGUAGAGAGAUGUAUCGAGCCUUGCCGACUUUGAGUGGGUUCGGAUUGUUAUUUUAUUAUCGUUGAAAAGAUUUCACGUCACUGUGAACGAAUACGCAAAAGAAUAAUUUAAUAAAAAAAUAUUAUUAUGAAACAUA